ACUCACAUGUAUAAAUACUCCAAUCCUCUCAUCAAUUUUACAUCAUUCCAUUCCCUUCCCCCAAAAAACAGAGAUCCAGCAAGAGUGAGAAUGAUAGUCAGAGAGAAGGUUUUCGACUGCAGUUUAUGGCAACCUCAGGCCCGUUACUGGCCGCUGCCGCCGCCCUCUAUUGGGCCGCCGGACCUCUUCUACGUGGUGCUCAACAUGAACCAUGUCCUCCACAAGUGCUACCUAACCCCCACCGGCCACCGCGUCCUUCUCGCCGCAUCCAAUCGGCGGUCCCAAACCACCGUCCCCGUCUUCCCCGAGGCGCCGGCCGACGACGCUGCCGUGGGCGCCGCGCUGUCCCCUUUUCUCUCUGCAAUCGGCGCCGGGCCUACCGACCGCGACCGAAUGCUCCAAAAGCUCGCGCGAUACAGGAGAAGCGAUGCCUGCGUGCCCGGCUGCGUCGCCAUGACCGUUGUGGCUGUGACCGUGGAACUGUACGAGGAGAGCGAGGUCCUCGAAACCGAAAGUGGGAUGGAGGCAUCUUUGGUUGAGGCGGCUGAAUUCAGGGCUGUGCCAGCGACGACGGCGUCUGUCGCAGCCCUGGAGACGGCGACAGUCGACGGUCCGAGUUCUGGGUCGGGCACGGGUUCCGGGUCCGUCUGCGUAAUCUGCCUGGAAGAAUUUCUGGUGGGAUCGGAGGUCCGACGAAUGCCGUGCUCUCAUGUUUUCCAUGGAGAUUGUAUCGUUCAGUGGCUCGGGAAAAGCCACUUCUGUCCCUUGUGCCGCUUUUCUAUGCCGCACUGAUUUUCUUCCCUUAUUUUUUUUUCUUAUUUUUUGGUAGAAAAAAAAAUAUCAAGUAUAUCAAGAAGUAUGUGCAUCAGCUUGAUUCUUACACCGAAUGUAUUUCAUAAUUUCUCUUUUAGAUAUUUGGGUUAGCAAUAAUCCUAUUUUUAUUGUAUACAGAUUCGUCACAGUAUUUUGCCCAAUCUACCAUUAGCUACCAUAAGAGCGAUUGUCAUACUAGUCAUUUUUCUAGAGUAGAGUUAUUGAUAAAAUUUAAUAAUAGUUACUUGCCUUUCUUUAUUCUUCAAAGGCUUA